CUUUAAUAUUAAAUAUAAUAAUUAGCAAUAUCUAAGAAUUAAUGUAAAACAAAAGGAUAGCAUUUCCUUUUGCAUAUAGAAUUGAAUAACUAUAGAUUCGUGGUAGGUGUCAACCAGAGAGAGCAGAGCGAUACAACCGGUACUUGUUAGAUAAGCAACAAAUAUUUUCCGGCGAAUAAACGGAAACGCACCUAAACAAACCGCAUGCGACAAAUUAACGCGGCUUCGCGCCUCGGCAUCUUGAGACAAUAUUUUAAGGAGUGUUACACGCGCGGGGGAAAUCGUUGCGCGUGAAAGAAAAACAAAGACGCGAAUGUUUUCACAAUUGUCAACGGUGCGGUAUAUAAUCGGCAUACGCGCCACUACCCGGCAUCAAUCUGCGAAGUUGCGUCGUCGAAGAUGAAGAUUCCAGCGAUACUCGUGACGUCUCUCCUCGCUUGGGGGCUCGCCAGCGGCGGAGUCUUGGAUUCCAGCUCGGCGUCCGCACAGGCGUCGGCAUCGGCGUCGGCGUCGUCGUCGUCGUCCGCAAUCGGGCUCGGGCUGCACGGCAAACGGCCACACGGCUCGCUCAUCUGGGGCAAGGAAGAGGAGAAGAAGAUCGAGGGACUCAACAUGAAAUCGCUCAACGCGCCCGCCCUGAAAGUCGGCAUCAACAACGGUGGACUGGACGUCGCCAAGGGCGCGGCCGUCAUCGAGUCGGCGAUAUCCGACGUGUCGACCCUCACCGAGCAGCGCUCGCGCCUGGAUCUCGGCCUCGGCGUCAUCGCGAACAGCGCCGAGAUUUUCGCGAGCUCGCAAGCUGCGGCGAGCGCCAACGCCGGGGCGAAGGCCAACGCUGCCGUCGCGCAAGCGAUCGCGGCGAUGGAGAUAGCCGACAAGGCCGAAUAUCUUGCGGCGAUCAUUACUACCAAGGCAGCGAAGGCCGCCGAGGCCGCCGCGGCCGCGAUCGCUCGCGCCGCUGCCGCAGCCGCGGCUUCCAAGGUCUCCAGCGAGGAGUCGGCAGCCGAGACGAGAAGUGCCGCCAACAGCGAAGCCAGGGCCAACGCCGCUUCCAUCAUCGCCAACAAAGCGAACACCAUUCUGGCGCAGGCAGCCGCCGUGCUCGCCGCCACCGCCGCCAAAGCCAAGGAGUCGGCGAUCAGAUCGCUGGAGGCCGCACGAGCUUCCGCUAAGGCUCAGGCCGAGAUCACCGAGGCCAGCGCCGAAGCUCUGGUCGCUAUUGCCAAAGCCAAGGCCGCCGUGGCCCGCGCGGCCGCCGAUCAGACCGUCUGCUCGUCCCAGGCACAAGCCGCCAGCCAGAUUCAAUCGAGAGCCUCCGCGUCCGAAUCUGCGGCAUCGGCUCAAUCGGAGACCAACACCGCCGCGGCCCAGGCGGUUGCUACCGCUGACGCCGAGGCGGCCAGCCAAGCGGAAGGGUGGGUCGAGUCGUUCAAGCGCGAUCCCUGGGUUCCUCUCAACUUAAAGGGAGAGGCCAAGGCCGAGGCCACUGCGAUCGGUAAGGGACAUUACGGUAUCAGGUCGAGCGCGGAAGCCAGCGCCGAGGCAAGCAGCAGCGUGUCCUUGGGAGGCGGACAUUACGGACGGAAGGAAAGCAUCAGCGAGGCGGCGAGCGCGUCAUCAGCGAGCGCCGACGCUGCAUAAGGGCCAUUUAACGCAGCGCAAUCGCAAUCUCCCUGCUAAGAGAAAAUCGUCGCCACGGCGGACAACAUACAACUUUUGAUUCAUGCGAAUACCAUAGGUUAGCAGCACGAGCAUUACUGGCAGGAAUUGAAAAAAAUAAAAAAAUAAAAAAGCAAUGAUUUGAAAUCCGUGAAAUGUAAGAAUA